GAAUCUGAAGUCUCGCACUUCAGCUCCGGGCAGUAGCCGCGUUGGCUGCAGAAGGUGGCGUGAGCCGAGGCCUCCUGCAACGUUUUGCAACCCAAGCCUGUCGCCAUGGGGGACUCCCGGGACCCAGCCAGCGACCAGAUGAAGCAUUGGAAGGAACAGCGGAACACGCAGAAACCUGAUGUCCUCACCACCGGGGCCGGUAUUCCAAUAGGGGACAAACUUAAUACUAUGACAACAGGACCCCGGGGGCCCCUCCUGGUUCAGGAUGUGGUUUUCACCGAUGAAAUGGCUCACUUUGACCGGGAGAGGAUUCCUGAGAGAGUGGUGCAUGCUAAAGGAGCAGGGGCCUUUGGCUACUUUGAGGUCACGCACGACAUUACCAAAUACUCCAAGGCGAAGGUGUUCGAGCAUAUUGGAAAGAGGACUCCCCUUGCAGUUCGAUUCUCCACUGUUGCUGGAGAAUCGGGCUCAGCCGACACCGUUCGUGACCCUCGUGGGUUUGCAGUGAAAUUUUACACCGAGGAUGGUAAUUGGGAUCUUGUUGGGAACAACACCCCCAUUUUCUUCAUCAGGGAUGCCAUAUUGUUCCCGUCCUUCAUCCACAGCCAAAAGAGAAACCCUCAAACGCACCUGAAGGACCCAGACAUGGUCUGGGACUUCUGGAGCCUGCGGCCCGAGUCUCUGCAUCAGGUCUCCUUCUUGUUCAGUGACCGGGGGAUUCCAGAUGGACACAGGCACAUGAAUGGAUAUGGGUCGCAUACUUUCAAGCUGGUUAAUGCGAAUGGAGAGGCAGUUUAUUGCAAAUUCCAUUAUAAGACUGACCAGGGCAUCAAAAACCUUUCGGUUGAAGAGGCAGCAAGACUCUCCCACGAAGAUCCUGACUAUGGGCUCCGGGAUCUCUUCAAUGCCAUCGCCACAGGCAACUGCCCCUCCUGGACUUUUUACAUCCAGGUGAUGACCUUCAGUCAGGCAGAAAGUUGUCCAUUUAAUCCGUUCGAUGUUACCAAGGUUUGGCCUCACAAGGACUAUCCUCUUAUCCCCGUUGGUAAAAUGGUCUUAAAUCGGAACCCAGUCAAUUACUUUGCUGAGGUUGAGCAGCUGGCCUUUGACCCGAGCAACAUGCCGCCUGGCAUUGAGCCCAGCCCUGACAAGAUGCUUCAGGGCCGCCUUUUUUCCUACCCUGACACUCACCGCCACCGCCUGGGACCCAACUACCUUCAGAUCCCUGUGAACUGUCCCUACCGUGCUCGAGUGGCCAACUAUCAGCGUGACGGCCCCAUGUGCGUGGUCGACAACCAGGGUGGUGCUCCCAACUACUACCCCAACAGCUUCAGUGCCCCAGAACAUCAGCCAAAGUUGGCCCUGGAGAGCAGCACCCGCGUCUCCGGGGACGUGCGGCGCUACAACACUGCCAACGAUGAUAACGUCUCUCAGGUGCGGACGUUCUAUACGUGCGUACUGAAUGAGGAGGAGAGGAAACGGCUGUGUGAGAACAUCGCGGGCCACCUGAAGGACGCCCAGCUGUUCAUCCAGAGGAAAGCGGUCAAGAACUUCAGCGAUGUCCAUCCUGACUACGGGGCCCGCAUCCAGGCUCUGUUGGACAAGUACAACGCCGAGAAGCCUAAGAACGCGAUUCACACCUUUAUGCAGCACGGGUCUCACCUGGCUGCAAGGGAGAAAGCGAACCUGUGAGGGUCGGGGCCCUGGUCUGGAGCCGAGUUGCUCUCCGCCUAUGAAGCAAAGCAUGGAAUUCACACCCAUAAUCCACUCACCACUCACCUGGAUAGAAGAUUCUGCUGUGCUAGAUGUGCAAACGCAAGUCUUUCAGAUGAUAAUUCCGUUUCCAUAGCAAAUAAUGUAAUAAUGGCUUUUAAUGAAAAUGAAGGGGACAAUGAAGAUUAGGGCUUAAGAAUCAUUAAAACAACAACAACAUGUGUUUGCUUUUGACAGUUGGUUGGAUUCUUCACUUGAAAUGAUCAGAAUGAAAGUUUCUAGCAGAAAUAUAAUUUCGUUUGGUAAGAAAAAAAAUCUUGGUGAAAUUAGUAUGUUUACAUAUCAUCUCAUGGCCUAUUAUUUAAAAAUAUGGUUGUUAUAUAUAUGAAGAAAAGAUAAAGAUAAGCCACUCAGAAUUUUUAAUUUUUCUGAGUUCCUUAUAGGAAAAACACAUUUUUAACGCCUUAGUGUCUUUUGAAGAUAACCUCAACACCAUCAUGGCUUAAUGCUUAUUUCUGCUUGGAACUGAUCAGAUUUAUAAAAACAACAACUUGGAAUUACAUUUAUGCUAACAGCAUUGAUUUUACAACAGACCGAUUUAUAAUUAUUACAUUUUUACAAUAAAAUAAUCUGUUCAUAAGACUA